AUAACAUCAAAAUUUUUAUUCACCAUGCAAAACUUAUGGAAUUAUUAUUAUGUGCCAUUUUUGGUAGCCCUUUCAUUGAUAAUACUUAAUGUUUUAAAAGAUUACUUUUUGAGACCGAAAAAUUUUCCUUCUGGUCCUUCGGGUCUGCCCUUUGUAGGCUAUUUGCCUUUUCUUGGUGAAGAAGCAUAUUUGAAACUUCAUAAACUUCGUUUGAAAUAUGGAGGGAUUUUCAGUGUUCUUCUCGGAAGCAAGAGAGUAGUAGUAUUAUCAAGUUAUGAUGUGAUGAAAGAAGCAUAUAGUAAAUCAGCCUUACUUGGUCUCCCUCCAAUCACUAAUUUUGAUUUCUUGUUUAAACUUAAAGGUAUAGCAAAGUCCAGCGGAGAAGAAUGGGUGGAAAAUCGCCGAUUUGUCGUUAAUAAUUUGAGAAUUUUUAAUGAAAGAUAUGAUUUAGCAAUUGAAGAAGAAAUACCACUGCUGUUAGAAGAAUUGGCUCGGAAUGAAGAGUGUCCAUUGAACAUCCAACGACUUUUAUUAUCCAGCGCAAGCAAUGUUAUCCUCAAUUUUGCAUCGGGUAUAAGAUUCGAUUAUCAUCAUCCUACAAGAAAAAUUUUCAACGAGUUUAUCGAAAUGAGUGCAAAAUAUCUGGGCGUGAUUUCUUACAGUGUAUUUGUCCCUUGGAUUAAAUUUUUGCAUCUGGUUUCUUUUGUAAUGGAUCGCUCUAUCAUGCAGAAGACUAUAAACGCUUAUGAAAAACUAAUUGACAUAUUUGAAAGUGUUUUUAAAGAAUAUAAUAGUAAAAAUAUUAAGAAUAUUUCAGAAGCUUAUAUCUGUGAAAUAGAGAAAAGUAAAAAUAAUCCUGAAUCACCUUAUACUGUUCUAGGUUACGUCGGUAAUAUUACCACAAUAUUAGCAGCUAGUUUUGAUACUACAACCGCGUCAUUAUCAUGGACAAUAUUGGCAUUAGCGACGUACCUGAAAAUUCAGAGGAAAGUUCAGAAAGAAAUAGAUGCAAUUUUUGGUACUGAAUACCCAGUUUGGAAGGAUAGAGCACGUUUACCUUAUACUCAAGCAGUUAUCAUGGAAAUACAAAGAUGGAGGACAAUCGUGCCUCUUUCUGGUUUAAGAUACGCAUUGUCAGAUUGCAAAAUUCGAGAAUAUAUAAUACCAAAAGGAACAAUUGUAGUCCUAAAUAUAUGGAGCAUUCACAACGAUCCAUCAUAUUGGGAAAAUCCUGAAGAAUUUCUACCAGAGAGAUUUCUGACAGAGGAUGGUUUAAGCAUCAAGAAAUUGAAAUCUUUCUCGCCAUUUUCGUAUGGUAAACGUUCGUGCCCGGCGGAAGGAAUUGCUUAUAAAGAAAUUUUCUUAUUUUUGACAUCAAUCCUUCAGAAGUUCGAAGUUGCUUGGCCAAAAUCUACACCUCCGGAUUUAGGAGUAAAAGGAGGAGGAAUCGUUUUAAUGCCUAAACCUUAUCAGUUAAUUUUUAUACCUCGGAAAUAAAUGAUUUAUUAAAUCUCCAAAAGAUAAAAAUUAAUCAUUUAAAAGUCUAGUAAUUAUUUAUGUAAUAUUAGCAGAUACUUUUGUCAGUGUAGGCCUGGUGUAAGAACGAAACAUUAAAAUGAAAACCGUAUUGUUUUGUUAUUUUUUCCUACCACUGUCAUAUAUAUUAGAAGUGUUAAAUUAUAAUAAGAAAAUGUAACAAAACAGAAGGAAAUCCUCUUUGAAGGGAGGAAAAAAAAACACUAAAUCGAUCUUAAUUAAAUUCAUAUCAAAAAUCCAGCAACAAAUUGCUUAACUUUUCCGGCACUGGUUUCUCAGUUAACAAUAGCAAAAUCGAUAUACUGGUCUCUCUGAGCUAUGUUAGAGUAGAGUUAAU